CACUGCUAAGCGCGCAUUGUUUUUGCCAUUGCGAAAUUGUUUUGUUAAUUUAAUUUGUUUAUCAAGCUCAACAGAUUUUAGGUCAAGUAAUUACAGUUAAUAUUCAACAUGAAGGAGUGUCCGUAUGGCGAGAAAUGCUACAGGAAGAACCCAAUCCAUUUUGGCGAGUUUUCCCAUGAACACUUGGAUGCAAUUUAUCGCAAAGGAAAUGCAUCGGGGGACUAUGAUAUACCUGCCAAGUACUCUACUGACCUGAUUGAAACCCAAUUAAAGUUGCUCGAGAAGCUCUUUCCAAAAGAAGGUGCCAAAAAGGAGAAGCAGGCAAAUGUUUCUGGUGCUUCAGCUGCUGCACCAACUAGCCAAGGAUCCUCGAGUUCUGGUUCCUCGAGCACUUAUGCUUCGGGUUCCUCAACUUCCCAGGCUGGCAGUUCAUCGUCUGCUCCCAAAGACACCUCCAAGUUGGCCAAGAAACAAAAGCUAAAUGAGCGAAACAUCAGGGAUUAUAUUCCUGUGGUAGUGGAAAAAGGAGGAAUGGCCAAGAAGCUGAAGGGGGCUGCUCCUUACAACAUGUUCCUUACCGCUAUUACUGACUCGAAGCCCACGCACUCGGAGUCCUUAAGUGUGACACUCCAGGAAAUCCUCGACGAAAGUCUGGGCGAGAUUGAGAGCAGUGUGCAAAUAAACUUUAUGGUGGAUAUUGGCUGGCUUCUUGGACAUUACUACUUUGCCGGUAUACUCGACAAACCCCUUUUGGUCCUCUAUGGCGACGAGUCUCCUGAACUUCUGAGCAUUGGCAAAUUUAAACCGCAAGUCACGGCCAUUGGGGUAAAGAUGCCCACGCUUGCCACUUCACACACCAAGAUGAUGCUGCUAGCCUACACUGAUGGAUCCAUGCGUGUGGUCAUCUCCACAGCGAAUCUGUACGAGGACGAUUGGCACAAUCGCACGCAGGGCGUGUGGAUAAGUCCGAAGCUGCCGGCACUGCCAGAAGAUGCUGAUACCGGAGCAGGUGAAAGCGAAACGGGAUUUAAGCAGGACUUGAUGCUAUAUCUGGUGGAGUACAAGAUAAGCCAACUGCAGCCUUGGAUAGCGCGAAUCCGAAAGAGUGACUUUAGCGCAAUCAACGUGUUCUUUUUGGGUUCUGUGCCUGGAGGCCAUCGUGAGAGUACCGUGCGUGGUCACCCUUGGGGUCAUGCUCGCCUGGGAGCGCUACUGGCCAAACAUGCAGCUCCGAUCAAUGAUCGGAUACCUGUAGUCUGUCAGAGUUCAAGCAUUGGCAGUCUGGGUGCGAAUGUACAGGCCUGGAUACAGCAGGACUUUGUCAAUAGCUUGAAAAGGGAUUCCUCACCGUUGGGUAAAUUGAGGCAAAUGCCGGCAUUUAAAAUGAUAUAUCCUAGCUAUGGGAAUGUCUCGGGCAGUCACGAUGGAAUGUUGGGCGGCGGAUGCCUGCCCUAUGGAAAAAAUACCAAUGACAAGCAGCCGUGGCUUAAGGAGCAUCUGCAGCAAUGGAAAUCCAGUGAUCGGUAUCGUUCCAGGGCCAUGCCACAUAUUAAAAGCUAUACACGUUAUAAUUUAGAGGAGCAGUCUGUAUAUUGGUUCGUUUUGACUUCGGCAAAUCUCUCGAAAGCUGCCUGGGGCUGCUUUAACAAAAACUCCAAUAUUCAGCCAUGCCUAAGGAUAGCCAAUUAUGAAGCUGGUGUCCUCUUUCUGCCCAGAUUUGUGACUGGCGAAGACACAUUUCCCUUGGGAAAUAAUCGGGAUGGUGUACCUGCUUUCCCACUACCUUAUGAUGUUCCAUUAACUCCAUAUGCUGCGGAUGAUAAACCCUUCUUGAUGGAUUAUUUACAGGGUUAAUAUUUCCUAUUCUCGAAUUUUAUUUAUUGGGUUUUCAUUUAAAAAAGUGUUUUUCCAAAAGGUUCCCCUAUAAUUUUCAUUACGAAAUUUUGGUUCAAAUUUUUU